UUGCAGUUUAAAGUAGUACUCAGCCUACAAGUCUCUAAAAGAGAGAAGCAAAUGCAAGGCCAAUUCACUUAAAAUAGCUUUACUCAUAAUCCAAAAAUCUCUCAUCAAAUCCGGUGGAACACCAAUAUGCUUGCUUCAACAUCUUCUUUUUCUUCAGCUGCUGCUGCUGAUAUGAUCAAAACAAGGACAUACGAUGUUUUUAUUAGCUUCAGAGGAGAGGAUACUCGUGAUGGUUUCGUAAGUCAUCUGUAUAAAGAUUUGUGUCGAAAGAAUAUCGACACUUUUGUAGACAGCGAGAAGCUUCAAAGAAGGUUUUGGUAGUUUGUGAUGAUGUGUCAAAGUUAAGCCAACUCGAGUAUUUAUUCGGAGGAAAACAAUCGACUCGGCCCUGGAAGUCGAGUCAUCGUUACAACUAGGGAUAAACAAGUGCUUAUCCAGUAUGGCAUUGAUCUCAUUUAUGAAAUGGAGGAAUUAGAUGACGAUGAAUCUAUUAAGCUCUUUUGUCAACGUGCCUUCAAAAGCAAUCAUCCCACAGAAUUUCAUCAGUUGAAGCUAUCACAGAUGGUUUUAAGUUUUGCUAAUGGAAACCCUUUAGCUAUUAAAGUUAUCGGAUCCUCUCUUUGUGGCAAGACACAAAGCUACCAGGAAAGUGAAGCAAAGAAACUAAAGCAAGUUCCUAAGCCGGACAUUCAAAAACUGUUGAAAUGGAGUUUUGAUGGACUAGAAUGUGAAGAGAAAGAAAUGUUUCUUGACAUUGCUUGUUUCUUUAAAGGGGAGGAUCGAGACUUUGUAACAAGGAUUAUGGAAGCUUGUUAUCUUUCUGCAUAUUCAAGAAUUGAGAACCUCAUUGAUAAAUCUCUUAUAUAUGUUUCAGAAAAUGAGAUAAAAAUGCAUGAUUUAUUGCAACAGAUGGGUUGGGAUAUCGUUUACAACGAAUCACCUUCAGAGCCUGAAAGACGCAGUAGGCUGUGGAUUCCUGAUGACAUCUAUGACGUGCUAAUAGAAAACAGUGGGACAAAAACACUCAAAGGCAUGCUACUUGACAUGUCUAGAAUUCCAAAAUUGGAAUUAAAAGCAGAAGCCUUUGUGAAGAUGCGAAAACUUAAAUUCCUCAAGUUCUAUCUUCCUUCUACGUUUGGAAGGGUUCAAAUGAAACCCAAAAUCCUCCUACCUCAAGGGCUUUUAUCACUUCCAAAUGAGUUAAGGUACCUUUAUUGGGAGGGAUACCCUUUGAAAACUUUACCUAACCAGUUUUGAUCCAAGGAACCUAGUUGAUCUUGAUAUGAGAGAUAGCAAUGUCAAACAACUCUGGGAGGGAAAACAGUUGCUGCCGAAAUUUGCUCUCCUCCAUAGCUAGGGUUUCUUCAACUUUCAAGCUUCAUAAUCAAGAAAGGCGUGGAAUCGAUCUCGAACGGGGGAAGGAAAAAGUUUUGGAGUAAAUUGCAAAAUUCCCAUAUUUUGCACCGAGUGUCAUCCGGCUAGCUCAGGAGUUAGAGAUCGUUGAAGAUCCGCUCGCACUAUCAAUACUUUUGGUAUUUGAACUCAACAUUUUGAAUUAUGGCAUGUAUAGUAGACUUAGUUAUUUUGUUACGUGUCAUAAUUGCCUAGGUUUAAAAUGUUAAUUAUAGUAUCAAACUAAUCAUUUUGUACGAAGCCUUUGAAAUUGGCUUGUAUUGUUAAUGGCAUAUGUUAUAAUGAUUCAUGAUCAAA